AUGAACUCAGCUCAGGUCACGAUAUCCUUGGAUGCUCGAGAGCAAAGCUUGUUAUACUGCGAAUUAGAGUUCCACUUGACCUCUGCCUUGAAUGAUUAUAUCACCGCGGAAUUUGAAAAGGGGCAUUUGCUGCCCGACAAUCUCAAAAAGACGUCAGACGCUUGGUCUCAGCAAGGUCAUCCAAGGGUAAUUAGCUUUCGUUACGAUUUGGAGACCCAGUUAGAGCUGGUAGCCUUACAUCUCGACGAAUUCAACUUUUACGGCCGACGGCAAAACAACCCGGCGGAGAUACUAGGACUUCUUCACUCGAUGAAGGUGAAUGCUCGUGCAAUGCGAGUUCGCACCUUCUGCCAACCAGACUCGGUCAUUGCCAAACAGCUAAUUGAUUCACAAUCUUUGUUUAACAUGUUGAGCGUUUCUGACUCUCAACAGCUCGCCCUGGCCGAAAUUGGUCGGUUCUUCAGAAUGAUCGUCGACAGGGAACGUGCAAACCAUGAACCGGUAGGAAGACACACCAAGUCAGCCAUCAAUGGAAAACCCGAAGGCUUUGGUUGGCAAAGUAGCCUUCAAGAAGACUUGUGA